AUGGCUGAAGUGGUCACCAAACCAGCAGUCUCUUCGCGAACGUAUCUUAAAUCUCUUCAUGAGUUAUCUCAGCCUGACCAGAUUGAACGGGCUAUUCGUCAAAGCUUUCAGGAAUCCCAACAAACCGUGUCUUCUCAUGGGAAACAGAUCGCUAUUCUGAGAGCUCUCCAGUUGAGGUGUCGCGAACUGACCUUACAAUCCCAGUUUAACGAGCUGUUUUGCAAGAUGGUCAACAAGAUCCUCGUGGUGAAACGUAACGAGCCCGCUGGUGACCGGAUUGUCAAGUUCAUUUCCUCCUUUGUCAACUCGAUCAAUCCUGAAUCAGACGACGACAACGCGAUGGUUGACGAACAGGACGAAAAAAUGUACAACAGAUUCAUCGACAGAGUUGCUCGUCAUCUGCUAAGAGGCCUGGAAGCUACAAAUAAGAAUGUCCGGUACAGAUCGUGUCAUAUUCUAUCCCAUCUGAUGAAUAACAUGACCUCCAUCGAUAGCUCGUUAUACGAAACAUUGAGCGAGCAGUUGCUGGCCAGGAUGUACGACAAGGAGCCGCAUGUUCGAAUCAAGGCAAUCACAACAUUAGCAAGUUUCCAAGAACCUGACGGUAGCGACGAGCUCAGUAACGCAGCUCAAAAGAUUAGAUUCGUGAUGCAAAACGAUACAAACCCAGAGGUUAGAAGAGCCUGUUUGCGUCAAAUCGAGAAAACAAAACAUACCCAGUCGUACAUUUUUGAACGGGCAAGAGAUACUAAUUCCAUCAACAGAAGAUUAUUAUACUCAAAGGUCUUACCUGGUUUCAAAGAUUUCCGCCGCAUAGACUUCAAUUCAAGAGACCAAUUGUUGAAAUGGGGUCUCAAGGAUCGCGAAGAGUCGGUGAAAAAGGCUGCUGUGAAAUGGCUGUCUGAAAACUGGAUGCAAACUCUGAACAACGACGUGAUGGAGCUUCUUGAAAGACUGAAAGUCACAAGAAGCGACAUUGCAGAGCUUGCGGUGCGCAAUUUCCUGGACAAUAGACCUGACAUCGUGGCCAAAAUCACUUUCGACGAACAGGUGAUACGCAGUCUUACGCCAGAGACCUCUUUGCUUCUGAGGGUGUACUUCCAGCAUUGCAACGAUACCAACAAACUGACUCAGCUGGAGAAGUUCUUCCCCGAAGCGGCGCAGUUUUCCGAUAUCUUGGGUGCCUACUUUACUAAAAGAAGAGAAAUAAUGAGCCACAUCUCACAAACAAAGCCGAUCUUGGAGGCUGAGAGCUCGGUUGACAUGACUGAACUCGAAGAGUGCAAUUUUAUGCUUCGCCAGCUGCUCAUAGUGGCCUCAGAAUAUGACUACAGUGACGAGUUUGGAAGAAGCAGAAUGCUCAACACGCUCAGAUUCAACUUGACUAAUGACCAUUUGUCUGAUGAUCUGAUCGAGGUUAUUAUGCUCUGUAUUCACAAGUUGUCCAUAAGUGAAAGAGAUUUCACGCAGAUGAUCGUCGAAAUCAUCAACGAUUUGAAAGAUUCCGCUUUUGAGAAGCAAGACGCUGCCAACCAAGAUAUCAACGGUGAAAGCUCCAGACUGGAAGGUGCUUAUGAAGACGAAGAUGAGGACGAAGACGAUGAGGACGGAGAGUCCAGUUUCCAUUCUGCCAGAGCCAAUCUAUCCAAAUCAUCGAUCGCGAGCGCUAACAGAUCGAUGCAGCAGGAGCUCAGACAGGUUGAGGAGCUGAGUCCAGAGAUUCUGACCGAGUGUCUUUCUAUUGCACGCAGAAUGCUGGAGCUGGUUAGUGAGCCUUUGAAAAACAACGUCACGUUAAUGUCCAUUCUUGACAGUUUGAUUCGUCCAUCGAUUCGUCGUUCCGAAACAGAGAUCAGACGCGUUGGUUUGAUCUGUCUGGGUCUGUGUUGUAUUCUGGAUAAGGACCUGGCAGCAGACAGCAUAUUUGUGUGUGCUAUCUUUGUGACAAAGAGUAACGAGGAAUCGUUGAUUGUCACAGGUAUCAAGGUGAUUUCUGAUCUUUUGGCAGUCCACGGAAUCGGUGUUUUGGAAGCAGAAACUGCUAAUAGUGUUGACGCUAUUGCCAUUGCUAGACUGUUUUACAGAACUUUGAGAGAUACUACGAAAAAGGAGGCCCAGGCUACCUCCGGUGAGGCACUGUACAAAUUGUUCCUUUGCGGUGUGAUCACAGAUGAUGAGCUAUUUGAAACCACGUUGUUAUCCUAUUUCAAUCCUGCUAUCAACGACAACGAGCAACUGAAACAAUGUCUGUCGUUCUGUAUUCCUGUUUAUGCUUUCUCGCACGAAUCUCACCAGGAGAGAAUAUCACGGGUCACCUCUGACACGCUCUACAGACUUUUCAGCGCAUGGGAUGAGAUGGCUGAGGUUGAGACGGUCUCGCAACUGUCGCCUCAGUCUAUUAUCCAGCAAUUGAUGUACUGGACCGACCCGUACAGAGUUGUCAACAAGAACUCAGAUGAAGCUCUGGCAAGUUCCAUCCAGGUUGACGUUGGUCUUCAACUGCUUACAUUAUUGGGCAGACUCGAGUAUUCAGGAGCCACCAAGCCGUUUUUCAAGGCUAUUAUGACUUCUUUACCAAAACUGACAUUUACAGAGCAUUGCGACGCUGUCAAAUUAGCACAACUGCUGGAUGCUCUAGAGGAGGUUGAAGGGAAGUUGGAGAAGCCGUUGAAAGACCAAACGUCGAGAAAUGGAUACAACAGGUUCAAGGAGUAUGUUGAAGAUUGUUUGGAGAAGGCUGGUGGCAGAAGGGAAGAAGCUGCGGAGGAAGAAGCCGGGGAAGGCCAAGUCGAAGAAGAGGACGUGCAGGAGGAGGAGGAUGAAGGAGAAGCUGACGAGGAAGGGUCGGAGCCUGAAAAGCCUACAGAGACUGUUGAUUUUGAAGAGCCUGUUUUGAAAGAGGACCCUGAAAGCCAUUUAGCCGAAUUGGGUGCUGAUUCGGGCACCGAUGAGGCAGAACCAGUCGCCAAGAAAACCAAACCGGCAAAAUCUGCCAAAAAGGGAAGAAAUGGAUCUCCGAAAAACGAGCACAAAUCUGACAAGAAAUCGAAAAAGCCUAAGCGAGGAAAAAGAGUCAAGAGCGAGAGCGAAGAUUUGUUGGCUACCAAGGUGACAAAACCUAAGAAGGAGAAAAAAGUUGUCAAAAAGCCAAAAGCAAAGAAAUCAGCAGCGUUUUCGGAUUCCGAAGACGAACAGCCUAUUUCUUCUUUCCAGCCUGCCGAGGACAGUGACCAGGAAGUUGGCGAUACUUCUGCAAUUGUCUUUUUGUCUGAUGACGAAUAA